AUGCAGGCCUCGGCGGUGAGACUUCAGGGCCUGAUUAUGCCCGAGAAGGCAGCUUGGAUGCAAAUGGUCAAGGCGCAAGUGCUAUGCUUAAUGGGACUGUGCCGAGAACGUCGAGUUGCGACUGAAGCCGGAACGGAUGCGCGUGGCACCGGACAAGGAACGACGGCGAACGGAUCCGUGGGAGGUGCCGAUUGCAAUGUCUUCGGUGCCUACUGCUUCAAUGAUGCCACCGAUACCUCAGGAAUCGUCUACGGCGCCUACGGUGACUAUGCCGGCGCUAAGGUUGGCAGCUCCGCGAAGACCAAGGUCCACCAGACGCGGGACACCCUCAUCAGCCCUCAACGCCGGAGGCCGGAUGAGGACGGGUCGGCUAGCAGUUUGAAUCAAGACAUGGUUUUGGAUGAAGUUCGAAGACAAGUUCAGCUGGCUAUGCAAGGGAGGGACCAAGAAGUCCACGCACUCAAGCAACGGAAUGAAGAGCUGGAAAGGGCAUUGGCGGAGGCCAACUCGGACCUUAUGUUCCUUCAGGGGAUCCCGGACCUCAGCGUGGAGAUUCCAGAGAACCUCGGGGCAAUCCUUUGGGAGCAGGCGGAGGUGAACUUCGUGGUGCCGGAACCAAGGGGCCGCCGGGCCUUGGACAAGGAGCUGCCCAAACCUCGGCAGCCCGGAGUGUCCCGUUUGAAGGACAAUCUGGAUAUGAUCGAGGGCAAGCGGUUGGAGGCCAAGGAGAUGGAAAAGUUGAGCCUCUUCACUUGUUGGUGGAAGGGAAGCAUCGAGCUUCCGGAAAUGCCGGAGCUUACGGCGGACAGCGCUGUUCUCUUCGCGGACUGGAUCUACGAGGUGGAGCAGGCAGUUGGAGGUCUUAGCGACAAGGCUUCCCGAUGGUUUUCCUUGUGCUUGGCCGCAGCGAGGGAGGCCUAUGACUUGUACCAGGUCAGCGAUCCACUGACCCGUUUGUCCUUGGAGCCAACGAGGACUGAAGAGCUAUGUGAAGAACGCUGGAGCAGGUUGGAGCGACGAGUGCUGACUUUGAUGCUGGGGACUUUGCGCAAGCAGGCCAAGGACGAUGCGGUGACACACCGCAUAACUACGGUUCCGGGCCUGCUCUACCGCUUGCACAUCCUCUACGCCCCGGGCAGUGCGGCAGAGAGGGCCUCCAUUCUUCGACAACUGGAAGGACAGCCUGGGACCACGAGCAUAGUGGACACUGUUGCUUCGUUGAGAAAGUGGAGGAGGCAGCUCAAAAGAGCUGAAGAGAUGCGAGUGUCCAUCCCGGACUCUUCACUACUGUUGCGAGGAGUGGAGAACUUGGCGAGCAGGGCGGUGGAGGCCAAUGGAGACAUCAAGUUCAGGCUCGCUCUGUCCAAGAGCCAGUUGCAGUUGCAGUACAGGCCGACGUUGGAUGGUGUGCUCAAGUACUACGACCACAUCUUGGCGGAGCUUCAACAGGUGGAGUUGGAGCGGGCACGGGUGAGACGUCCUCCCCUACAAGGCGAGGAGGAGCAGCGCAGCCUGGAAGUGGAGGUAAAGUACCAUGCCGGUUCUUUGCCUCAGACUCUGGAUGUACGAAGGGCCAGGCUUGUAAGUUCGACCACACCUUUCGAGCAAGGAGGCGAAGAAGUUGAAGUGCUGGUACUGCGGGUCUGUGCAACACACGCAGAAGGAUUGCCCAGUGAAGGCAGGGGCGUCCUCUCCAUCCAGGGGAGCUGCUGUAUCCAGGCCCAACAAUACAACUUCGAGCGCUACUACAACUGCCAGUCAGGCCCCUACGACAGCACCUAUGUUGAAUCAGGCAGCGGUGCAGCACCAGCAGGCAAUCCUCGAGUCGUUGAGCUCCGCUACCACAAUGACCCCUUCGACUUCAGCCGCAGCUACUACAGCCCCAACCACGGGCCCGGGAACAGGAGCCAGUGCGACUCUUGA